GCAUCCAGCUAGAAGGAGUCUGGCCGUCGAGCGGUGAAGACCAGAGAGUCUCCGGUUCGUCUAGUGGGAUUACUGGUGACUACGUGACCGAUUCCCGAGGAAUCUUGACAGAAAACUUGCCGGCAAUUAAUCGAAACUUCGAGGGACUUGCUCGCCGAGAAUCGACGGACCAGGAGCAAUAAAGAAAUCGGAGCAGCUCGGCCUCCAGGAAAAACAAUUCCGUGAAGAGAGUUCGCAGACGCGACUUCGCGAUUUCGCGACGGCUUUCCAUUGUUCCACGUUGCACGCUCGCGAUCCGUCGAUACAGCGAAACUGAUUCGAGAUGCUGGUUGCAUCGAUCUGCCGCGAGGUUCACUUCACGGUGUUGUCCAGCAAAAGUAUGACCACGCGAGUUCCACGCUGUCUCUUUGGCAAGCCUAACUCCCGGGAAACCGUGGAGAUGCUCCAGGAAGCCCUGGACCUCGAACGGAGCAGAUUCGCCAAGCGAUGGGGCGUCGAUCCCUGUUCCGAGGAUAAGGAGAACAGCUAUCAGAGGCAAAAAUUCCCCGAGAAGCAGCCCUUGUCCAAGAAACGAUGCAAUCCGUACACCAGGCAAACGAAUAUACACGAUUACUGGCAAGCCCGUAAGGCGUGCGAGGUGAAUAAGAAGCCGCUUGCAUCAUCGCUGGACGCGGCGAAACAGCAGAACGAGGCGUCGAAAACGGCGAAGACGACGAUCGUUAAAUCAUCGAAAAAAUAAUCGAUGCAGAACUGACGAAGCCAGUCAAGAGAGAAAGAGAGAGGGAGAAAGUUCUCUCGCUGCCAAUCGACUACUGUAUAUUUAUUUGGUCGCCCUUCUUCCGUGAUAGUCGUCGCCGAGACGGCGAGCAACGAACGUCCUACAUAGCGUUAGUCGCGAAUUGUUGAAUGUAUUAUUAUUCCUGUAAAUACUUGCGUCCCGUGAUUUAUGGAGGUUUGGACGGGCUUACUGAUCGCGUCUCUCCAAAGGAGAGGAACGAGGACGGAAAACUGGGAACGUGUCGACUUCGACGAGACAGAAAAUCCUUUCGUCGCAGUCGAAACUUCAAGGCUGCCGGUUAAAGAGCUCGAACGUACAACGUCCUUCGGAAACAGUGAGCCCGAGUCGAAAAGCCUGAUUCGGUUGGUUCCUCCAACAAAUGCAGCGCCUCCAAAGAGUUAUCCAAUACGACGACGAAAGUCCGAGAUGUGUCUCCUUUGGUCUUUGCGUCGAGACGCUGGAGAAAGUCCUAUUAUACUGUGAAAGUAAAUCUACCGAACUUAGGAUUACGGAAAAUCUCUAGUCAUCUAGUUGUUUAAGCGAAAUAAAAAUCGUUCUUUUAUA